UCAUAGAAUCCGUAAGUUAUCAAGUGAAGAGUUAUAGAAGAGGAGAAAAAAAUGGUUCAAGAAGAAAUGAGAAGGGGUCCAUGGACAGAACAGGAGGAUCUGAAACUGGUGUAUUUUGUAAACAUGUUUGGAGAUCGUAGGUGGGACUUUAUAGCAAAGGUAUCAGGUUUGAAUAGAACAGGUAAGAGUUGCAGGUUACGGUGGGUUAAUUACCUCCACCCUGAUCUCAAACGAGGGAAGCUGACAUCCCAAGAAGAACACCUCGUCAUGGAGCUUCAUUCCAAAUGGGGAAAUAGAUGGUCAAGAAUUGCUCGGAAGCUACCAGGGCGCACUGACAAUGAGAUUAAGAAUUUCUGGAGGACUUUCAUGAGGAAAAAGAAGGCUCUAGAGAAAAAACGAGCAUCACCAUCAUCAUCUUCCGGUUCUCUAUCUUCACUCUCCUCAAACAACCAUGCUGUUGAUGCUGAUGAUUCACAUGCUUCCAAAGAGGUUGGAGAGGAGAGUUUUUACGACACAGGUGGAUAUGAUGACAUAAUGGGGUUGAUCGGUGCUGGAGAAGAGUGUUCUUUGGAUGAUAUAUGGAAAGAUAUUGUUUUGUCAGAAGAUAACAAUAACAAUAACAAUAACAAUAUCAAUAUUCUGCAACAACCUGUGUACGAAUUGCACAGUGAAGAGGGUUCAAAGAUUUAUUCCCCAUCAUCAUGGGAGUACAAUUGUUCUCACCCUUUAUGGGUGAUGGAUGAUGAAGAAGAAAGCAACAAGAUGUUGUUUCCUGCAUCAAGUGACCAAUACUAUUCCUGGUAUGAACAAGGGAAUGCAUUUCUAACUGGCUAACUAGGGAUUCCUAAUUUUUUUAAUCGUUAUCAUGUUGUAACGCUGUCUGUGCCAUCUGCAACAAUAAGAAGAAGGCUUAACAUGUACAGCACAGUAUCUUUGAGCUUUCGGCAUGGUUUUUCAUAGUGUGACACAGCUGUAAUGGAAAGUGUAGUCUAUGUGUUUGUGAUUUUGCUUUAACCAACAUCCAAUAGGGGAGGUUGAAUGUUCUGAAUGUAAAAUACACAUCAGCACUUUGUUUAAAAUGAAGUUUCAAUAUCUGGUCUGAAACCUA